AUGGCGGCUCCACAGGACAAUCGACCACGUGAAGAAGAAGACGAAGAGGAGGAGAUUGACGACUCUAGCUACAAGACUAUCAAAGACGCCGUUCUCUUCGCAAUCGACGUCAGUCCUACCAUGCUUGAGCAACCGCCCAAGUCGGAAGACAAGAAAGCCGAGCGCGACUCCCCCACGUCUGCUGCAUUGAAAUGCGCCUACCAGCUGAUGCAGCAGCGCAUCAUCUCGAACCCAAACGACAUGAUGGGCAUACUGCUCUUCGGUACCGAGAAGACGGACUUGAAGGACGGUGACAACACGUUUCAAAACUGCUACCUCCUUGCAGACCUUGACGUCCCGUCCGCUCAGGACGUCAAGAGGCUCAGAGAUAUGGUCGAGAACGAAGACGAGGCCGAAGAGAUAUUGAAGCCUGCCAGGGACGGUGCCAGCAUAGCAACGGUACUGUUCUGUGCAAACCAGAUCUUCACUACAAAGGCGCCCAACUUCUCGUCAAGACGCCUGUUCGUGGUGACGGACAACGACUAUCCGAUCAAAGUCAAGGCAGACAAGGACACGGCAGUCACCCGAGCACGUGAUUUGUAUGACCUCGGCUGCACCAUUGACCUGUUCCCCAUCUCACAGCCAGAUCAUACCUUUGACCGAUCGCGCUUCUUCGAUGAUCUUGUAUAUCCCACAUCACCAUCCGAUCCCGAAGCCCCCGUUACUCUACCGUCGACCACCAAAGUUGCGAAGAGCGGCGAAGGCAUUUCGCUCCUCAAGCAGCUCAUAUCCUCCAUCAAUUCCAAAGCCACACCCCGUCGCGCUCUGUUCUCGCUGCCCAUGGAGCUCGGUCCUGAUCUUCGCAUCGGGGUGAAAGGAUAUAUUCUCAUCAAGCGCCAGGAACAUGUCAAGUCGUGCUACGUUUGGGUUGGAGGUGAAAAGCCACAGAUAGCGACUUCGUCAACACAACAACUGGCAGGCGAUUCGGCGCGGGCCAUGGAGAAGACGGAGAUGCGCAAGGCGUACAAGUUUGGCGGCGAUGCAAUCACCUUUACGCCCGAAGAGAUUACACAGAUAAGACAAUGUUUUGGGGAGCCUGUGAUCCGAAUCAUUGGCUUCAAGCCUCUCUCCAGCGUCCCACUAUGGGCCAACACGAACAAAUCAACAUUCAUCUACCCUUCCGACGCAGACUACAUUGGCUCCACUCGUGUCUUCUCGGCUUUACAGCAAAAGCUACUCAAGUCCCAAAAGAUGGGCUUGGUAUGGUUCAUUCCACGUCGCAACGCUGCACCUACACUUGCCGCUCUUAUACCCGGUGAAGAGAGGCUCAAUGAGGAAGGCGACCAGUUGACACCACCGGGCCUUUGGCUUGUACCCCUGCCUUUCGCGGACGACAUCCGCCAGUUCCCAACGCCACCAGAGCAGCCCCUCAAAACCACGGAUGCGCUGACAGACAAGAUGCGCCUCAUCAUUGAGCAAUUGCAACUACCCAAGGGUGUCUACGACCCAUCCAAGUAUCCCAAUCCAGACCUGCAAUGGUUCUACCGCAUCUUACAAGCGCUAGCCCUGGAAGAAGAACUCCCACUCCAGCCUGAUGACAAAACGAUUCCUCGCUACAAACAAAUCGACAAGCGCUGUGGCGAGUACAUUGAAGACUACGGCAGAGAAUUUCAAGCAGCAUACGAGCAGCAACAUAAGUCUGCACUUGCCCACCGCGCUAAACCCACGGCCAAGAAACGCCCUGGCGGCGGCGCAGACAGUGACGAUAAGCCAGUGCCCAAAAGGGUAAAAAAAGAGUCAAAAGUCAAAGCCGAAAGUGGAGACGAGGAAGAAGCAAUGACUGACCAGCAAAUGGCCGACCUGAAUAAUGGUGGAAAGAUUAGCAAGCAAACGGUAGCCGUACUGAAGCAGUGGCUUGGCGCAAGGGGUCAGAGUACUGGGGGUAAGAAGGCUGAGCUUUUGGAGAGGGUGCAGGAAUAUCUCGACGGCAAGGGUUUAUGA